AUGACUAGUUUAAUUAACCCUGAUACACGCAUAAAAGUAAGCUCAGUCCUGAAUAGAGACACAGUCAACUUUGGAAAGCAGCAUUUGAUUGACGGAAAUGAGGAAACAUGCUGGAAUUCAGAACAAGGCCUACCUCAGCACAUUUUGAUUGACUUUCCUAGCACUGCUUCUGUUUCUGGUAUAGCCAUUACCUUCCAAGGAGGGUUUGCAGGCAAGAAAUGUCAAGUACUAGGAAGCUUAGAUAGUUCACCUAAUGAUUACAGUGUGCAGAUCAGCACGUUAUAUCCUGAGGACAUUAGCUCCACGCAAACAUUCACUUUUGAUCCUACCGAAGGCAUAAAACGACUCAAGAUCGUCUUUGAAGAAAGUACAGAUUUUUAUGGUAGAAUUACAGUUUACAAGCUAGAUAUUCUUGGAAACACGAUUUAA